UACUUGUCGGGAUGCUAUUCAUAACUGCCAUGUUAUAAAGCACAUUAAAUAACGUGUGUGGCCCUUUUAAAAGGACCUUAGCUGAAGAUGAUCGUUCUAGCCUCUAGAGUUCUGAGGACGUCAGUAAAAGCAGAGGCAGGGUCUCUUCUGUGGUUUUGCAUGGAGGUCGAUGAUUUGGUGCACGGGCGCCACCUACUGAACAACAUGAAUGACUGUCAGUGUACCUGUGCUGGAGAGUGCCAUGCUCUGUGGUUGGUGGCAGCUGUUCCAUUCCAUUCAGGUGUGAGUGUUUACCUGCCAUGUAUCUCAAAUCAAGCCUUAAACAGACAUCUACACACCACAUAUCCAUGACCUGAAACAUUUUACUAAUGUUUUUAAAGCUGCACAGUCAUUGAACAACACUGCUCGUCACUGUGACUGUAGGAUGUUGCCAGUCCAUUAACUUGUUUGUACGGUCCUCAACAUUCAUGACACUCAUCUGUGAAAAUUGUAUGGAGUUGUCGGUAUAUGAAAAACUAUUUUGUUCUCCUGACUGCUGAAAGAUUCAGUGAUCCUGUGUUGUAGUCCCGUGACUUCCUCCCAUUUCUUCUCUUUCUAAAAAUCAGCCGCUUUUGGCACUCUUAAUAAAGGGAACUGCUACCUGCUUCCCUAUUGUCUCGGGCUAUAGGUGUUACGAUACUGUCUGACUGGUCCAAGCAGUACAUAGAGUACAUCUGAGUUUGAUUAGGUGAAUUGAGACAACAGUAUGUCUGAGGAUCUCUAUGCCAAGCCUGAUCUCACCAAAAAAGUUAGAUUUCAGGCGGGUGAGAAGAAGGACGGAAACACAGACGUCAGCGAAAACAUCGAUAAUGUGACAAUUUACGACAACUCCUGGGCAGAAGGCAGCGCUGCGCCGAAAUCAGAGGACGACACUUCUGACCAUCAACAGCCAAGUGCUGGAGAUGUAAAGAGGAGUCCCUACAGAGCUGCUGCAGUGAUUCUUGGUCUGCUGUGUCUCCUCCUCCUGACUGGACUCAUAGCUCUGGUUGUCAUAUACACCAAAGGCACCUCUGAGUGGAAAAUGGAGAUGGUCCUCGCACGCAUCCGUAUCAACAACUUGAAUGAAGAGAGAGACCAGCUACAGACCAGUUACAACAACCUGACUAAAGAGAGAGACCAGUUACAGACCAGUUACAACAACCUGACUAAAGAGAGAGACCAGUUACAGACCAGUUACAACAACCUGACUAAAGAGAGAGACCAGUUACAGACCAGUUACAACAACCUGACUAAAGAGAGAGACCAGUUACAGACCAGUUACAACAACCUGACUGAAGAACAAGAGCAGCUACAAAACAGAUUUGAUGACAUGAGAGAAGAUCUUCGCAGAGUGCUUCAGUCAUGUGGAUGGCGCUAUUUCAACGGGAGCUUCUAUUACUUUUCUUCCGAAAUAAAGUCCUGGCAGAACAGCAGUGAUGACUGUAAGAAAAGAGGUGCAGACCUGGUGAUCAUCAACAGCCAAGAAGAACAGAACUUCACAACAAUGUUCCAAAAGAUCAUGUGGAUUGGACUGACGGACUCAGAGAUGGAGGGGACAUGGAAAUGGGUGGAUGGGACUCCGCUGCCCAAAAGUGAUUUCAGAUACUGGGCCGAUGAUGAGCCAAGUAAUGAAAACUCCAAUGAAGAUUGCGCAGAAUUGAAGUUCUACCUUCCUGAAAAGAGCUGGAAUGAUAUACCAUGUAGCAGGGAACUACCCUGGAUCUGUGAGAAGACAAUUUGAUAACUCAGUAUCCAUCCCACAAGGCGAUUUAUACAUACACACACACAUACACACAUACGCACAAAGGACAUACUAUUUGUUGCAUUUUUCAGUUUGAGUUAAAAUUGCCAGGACAGCACUAACAUAAUGUUAACCUACCGUAUGCACACUGUAUGAACUGCAUCAUAUAUUUAAGGAACAUAUUGUGUACAUGAAACAGCCGUAAAAAUUGUGUAAGAGGAGAAAACUUGGUUGGAAGUUGGGUCUUUUCAGAGACAUUUUGUAAUUAGGACAUAUAGAGUGAGUCCUGACUCUUGAGUAUUUGUAGUGGGAAUUUCUGGGGGAAAACCUGCUUAUGUGUUUGUUAUAUUUAUACAAGAGGCACAAGGGCAUAAGUAUUCUGCAGGUCAUGUUAUUUUACUUCCUCUUACAGAAUAUUUACUUUUGCUGUUGAGUAUUGUCUUAUACCAUUUAAUUCUAAAAUACUUCUCAUUACAUUUCAUUCUGCCUCAUUUUAAAUCAUGUUCACGGUUAUUUUGUGAUUGAUUACUGCUUUCAGUUCUUUUUCUUUUCAAACUUGCCAAUUGUUUGCACAUUGUUUCACAGAUGUGUUUUGAUUGUGUUUUCUAUUGGAAAUGAAUAGCAUGUGUAAUUCUCUGCUGGUUAAAGAAAAAAUGAAAAUUGUUCAUUCCUACAUAGUUAUUCAUAUUCUGAUUCACUAUGAAAGAGUGCAGCUUUCACACACCUGAGGGCCAACAGGUUGACAAGAAGACAGAGAGCCCAUAUAAUGUGGCUAAUUCACCUUUAACCACCAUGUGAUCAAAUACACAAUUGUUCCAUAUAGAAUCAUUUCAAAAUCAAUUUCCAGCAUGUUAAAAUGUGUCACAAUACAUGUGUGUGGAAAGCUGAACAUCUGACACUUGCUUCCUUGUUGCUAGGUAGGAAGUAAAUAAAGUUGUUUCUGCUAUUUUGUAGCACAGUAUUCUUGUAAUUUGUCACCACUUAACCCCUACGAAAGUCGAAUAAAGGUCCAACAGGGAAGCAUGUGGCUAUGUACUAAUAGCUUACCUACAAACUCUGUUGGACUCCGAGCCAGAAAAUACUCACAAUGUUGUUUGACUCAAUUUUUCAGGACAGUUUUAUUGUAAAUAGCAACAAACAGCUCUGUCAUAAAGUGAAACUGUGUUAAAUAACACCAUCACACCUUCUGUUGUUUGAUUAAGCCACUGUGGGUAGUGUGGGUUUAGUAUUACUUUGUGGUUGGUCAGAUUGCAGGAUUUUGUAAAAUAGUGUGUAAUUGUACAAAACUCUCCUUUUUUGGUUUUUCAUAAGAGUAAUAGUGUCUAAGUAACUUACUUGGAUUACUUCCCUAUUAUCGUGGGCUACAAUACUGUCCAAGCAGAUCAUAGAGUACAUCCGAGUUUGAUUAAGUGAAGUGAGACAGCAGUUUGUUUGUGGAUCUCUGUGCCAAGCUUAAUCCAAAACAACGUGUGAGAAGGAUGGUAACACUGCGCCUAAAUCAGAGGCCAGCACUUCUGACCACCAGCCAAGUCGGUCUUUAAUGUUCUACCUAGACACAGUUCUUUCGCAUUUGGAAAUCAAUUUUUCCUCAGAAUAGGCUUCGCAACUUUAGAGACAAGCGAUGAGAUCAUUCGUUAACGUGAUUGCGUGCAUUUUACAUCUAAGAUAGAAAUCUUCUCUUAUUAAAGAAAGUGUGCGGCCCUUAAAAGGACCUUUGGUUGUUUAUAUCAGA